UCCACCUCCCAGGUUUACUCCCUGGAUUCAGCCGACUCCUUCCAAAGCUUUUACAGCCCGCACAAGGCCCAGAUGAAGAACCCCAUCCUGGAGCGCCUGGCCGAGCAGAUCGCCACACUGUGCGCCACACUGAAGGAGUACCCGGCCGUGCGGUACCGGGGGGACUACAAGGACAACGCCAUGCUGGCCCAGCUCAUCCAGGACAAGCUGGACGCCUACAAGGCUGAUGACCCCACCAUGGGCGAGGGUGGCUUCGACCCUGCUUCCCCGGUGCUGCACGAGCUGACCUUCCAGGCAAUGAGCUACGACCUGCUGCCCAUCGAGAACGACGUCUACAAGUACGAGACGAGUGGCAUCGGAGAAGCUCGGAUUAAGGAGGUUCUCCUGGAUGAGGAUGACGACCUGUGGGUCACUUUACGCCACAAACACAUCGCCGAGGUGUCCCAGGAGGUGACCCGGUCCCUGAAGGAGUUUUCUUCAAGCAAGAGGAUGAACACGGGCGAUAAGACCACCAUGAGAGACCUGUCCCAGAUGCUGAAGAAGAUGCCGCAGUACCAGAAGGAGCUCAGCAAGUACUCGACCCACCUGCACCUGGCUGAGGACUGCAUGAAGCACUACCAGGGCACAGUGGACAAGCUCUGCCGAGUGGAACAGGACCUGGCCAUGGGUACCGAUGCUGAGGGUGAGAAGAUCAAGGACCCCAUGAGGGCCAUUGUCCCCAUCCUGCUGGAUGGGAAUGUCAGCACCUAUGACAAGAUCCGCAUCAUCUUGCUCUACAUCUUCCUGAAGAACGGUAUCACCGAGGAGAACCUGAACAAGCUGAUCCAGCACGCUCAGAUCCCAGCAGAGGACAGCGAGAUCAUCACCAACAUGGCCCACCUCGGGGUGCCCAUCAUCACAGAUGUGAGUGUCCACCGCCGGAGCAAGCCGGAGCGGAAGGAGCGGAUCAGCGAGCAGACCUACCAGCUCUCCCGAUGGACCCCGGUCAUUAAGGACAUCAUGGAGGACGCCAUCGAUGACAAGCUGGACACCAAGCACUACCCGUACAUCUCCACCCGCUCGUCCGCCUCCUUCAGCACCACUGCCGUCAGUGCCCGCUACGGCCACUGGCACAAGAACAAGGCCCCCGGCGAGUACCGAAGC